CACUGUCUUGGGGGGGGGGGGGGAGGGAGGAAGCACUGCCCCAGGCAGAAGGGGCUCCAGGAAUCGGCUGGCUGGGGGUUGGUUCUUUCCUUGUAACCGGAUCUCCUGGCAACCUCUCACUGACUGAGUUUGGGUGUUUUUUCAUAAGUUUCUCUCUGUCUUUCUUCUCCCUCCUCCACCUCUGUCUCUCCCUCUUCCUCUUCCUCUGGAAUUCCCCGUGUUCACCCACCCCCUCGGAGCCCCCAUUUGCCCAGUGCCCCGCACUCACCUUCCCUGCCCCUCCCUGUCCCUGUCCCUCCCAUCCUGGGCCCCCCCACCUCUGUUUGUGAGCAGUGCAGGGAGCUCACUUUCUGCCCCACAGCUGGGUCUCAGGAGCUCCCCCUCUGUCCCCUGUGCCCCAGGAUGUCACAGUGGAGCCUGUCCUGGCUGGGCAUGGGGCAGCUGGCUGCCUCCCCGUGGCUGCUCCUGUUGCUGGCCGGGGCCACCUGGCUGCUGACCCGCGUCCUGGCCUGGAGCCACCGCUUGCAUGACAUCUGCUGCCGCCUCCGGUGUUUCCCGCAGCCCCCAAAACGGAGCUGGUUUUGGGGUCACGUGGGCCUGGUGAAGAGCAAUGAGGAAGGCUUGCGGAUGAUAGAGGAUCUGGGCCACCACUUCCAUGAUGUUCCCCUCUGGUGGAUUGGGCCCUUCUACCCUGUACUGUGACUCGUCCACCCUACCUUUGUUGCUCCCCUGCUCCAGGCACCAGCCACCAUCAUACCCAAGGAUAUGUUUUUCUACAACCUCCUGAAGCCCUGGCUGGGGGAUGGGCUCCUGCUGAGUGCUGGUGACAAGUGGAGCCACCACUGCUGCUUGCUGACACCUGCCUUCCAUUUUGAAAUCUUGAAACCCUAUGUGAAGAUUUUCAACAAAAGCGCAGGCAUCAUGCAUGCCAAGUGGCAGUGCCUGGCCUUGGAAGGCAGCACCCAUCUAGACAUGUUUGAGCACAUCAGCCUCAUGACCCUGGACAGUCUGCAAAAAUGUGUCUUCAGUUUUGACAGCAAUUGCCAGGAGAGUCCCAGUGAAUAUAUUGCUGCCAUCUUGGAGCUCAGUGCCCUUGUGGUGAAAUGGCAGGAGCAGAUCUUCCUGCACAUGGACUUCCUGUACAAUCUCACCCCCAAUGGGUGGCGCUCCCGCAGGGCCUGCAACCUGGUGCACAACUUCACAGAUGCUGUCAUCCAGGAGCAGCGCCGUGCCCUCAUUAGUGGGGGUUCCCAUGACUUCCUCAAGGCCAAGGCUAAGGCCAAGACUUUGGACUUCAUUGAUGUGCUCCUGCUGGCCAAGGAUGAAGAUGGAAAACAAUUGUCAGAUGAGAACAUCCGAGCUGAGGCUGAUACCUUCAUGUUUGAGGGCCAUGACACCACAGCCAGUGGCCUCUCCUGGGUCCUGUACAACCUUGCGAAGCACCCAGAAUACGAACGCUGUCGGCAGGAGGUGCAAGAGCUCCUGAGGGACCGUGAGCCUCAAGAGAUUGAAUGGGACCUGGCCCAGCUGCCCUUCCUGACCAUGUGCAUCAAGGAGAGUCUGACGCUGCACCCCUCGGUUACAGUCAUUGCCCGCCGCUGUACCCAGGACGUCAGGCUCCCUGAUGGCCGGGUCAUCCCCAAAGGGAGCAUCUGUGUCAUCAGCAUCUUUGGGAUUCAUCACAACCCGUCUAUCUGGCCGGACCCUGAGGUAUACAAUCCCUUCCGCUUCGACCCAGAAAUCCCCCAGAAGAGGUCUCCCCUGGCUUUUAUUCCCUUCUCCGCGGGGCCCAGGAACUGCAUUGGGCAGACGUUCGCCAUGACCGAGAUGAAGGUGGUCCUGGCGCUCACGCUGCUGCGCUUCGGGUUCCUGCCAGAGGAGGAGGAGCCGCGCAGGAAGCUGGAGCUCAUCCUGCGCGCAGAGGGUGGACUUUGGCAGCGCGUGGAGCCACUGAGCGCGGGCUCCCGGUGACCUUGCGAGCUGCUGGCUUGGGAUCCACCCAGAACCUACACGCCUCGCUUUGUGGAUUCCCAGGAAUGAAACUUUGCAGUCUCCUCUGCCAGAACCUCAUCGAGAGCCAGCAGGGGUGGGCGAGGCGGGGUGGAGAGGAGGCCCAAGACCCUGAGAGCCUUUCCAGAUGACCACAGGCCCCCCAUGUUGAUUGCUGGUUCUACCAGAGCCCGAUCAAGGAGUUUAUCCUGUAGGCAAUAGGGAGCCUUGGGAGGUGUUUGAGCGAGAGAGGGACCAGGGUUAAGGACUGACUUAAGGGCAUGUUUGAGGCUCUGGGUCACAGAGGAGAACCCGUAGUAGCACUACGCUCUGAUCAGCCUGACCUCUGUUCCUAUCUAAUAUACCCAAACUUCUCUUACCUCAGGAUCCUUCACUAUGUCUAUAGUUACUGUGUUUACUUCAACAAAGCAAAUAUACUUUAUCCUGUGUGAUCAUUGCAGUCACUGUAUCUGUUAUAUAGUCUGUUGUUUUUGCUGGUUUUCACUGGCAGAGUCGUCGUUCUUGUGUGCCUGGUUAUCUUUGCCUGACUACUGGUUAUCAUAUUUGAAAUAAGAUUUGUAGAAUUUGAAGAGGGUAGCUUUCUCUAAGGAGGAGGUCUU